UAAAUGUUAAUCAAGGGUUAAAAAAUCAUUGACAAAUUUCGUCUUCGCGUUUUAAAAUUAAUCGGUUUUUAUUUUAAAUAAUUAAAAAAAUAUUUCAUUUUUUACAUUCAAAUUUAAAACAAAAAAUAAAAAAUGUCUUCUUGGAACCGGAUUGAUUUGAAUAAUGAUCGAGUUCAGAAACUUGGUUCUCAAUACAAUUUUCCCCCAGUCCAGCCAAUUUCUAAAAUAUCUUCUGCAGAGAUCAGCAGACCGAUUCGCAAUAAGAAUUCAGAAUAUGUUCACCGUUUUGCUGGAUUGGCAGUGGGUCUUGCUAGUAUUGCCUCUGAACAUAUUCUAUCACAUCCAUGCAUAGUACUAAGGAGACAAUGUCAGGUGCAUAACACAUCAGCAAGGUCACACCUGACACCCUUUACACUAUUCCCCACCAUUUACUAUCUACAACGCCACCAAAGUGUCACAUCACUAUGGAAAGGUAUAGGAAGUACAUUGAUGGUUAAAGGGAUUGCUGUGGCCAGUGAGGCAACCAUUCAUGAACUAACCCCACUGCCCAAGGAUAUAAACAGACACUGUUCAUUGAAAAAGAUGGCUGAACACAUUCUGCUUAAAGGGUUGGCAUUCAUCAUUGUGACACCAUUUUUUGCUGCAAGCCUAGUUGAAACUGUCCAGUCGGAAAUAGCCUGUGAGAAGCCCGGUGUAUUCGACUGCAUUAUUGAAGGUUUCGCUCGUCUUGCAAGCUUCACGUCGUCGACACCCACUCGCCUGAUACCAAUCUGGAAACUACUGAUACCCACCGCCAUCUUUGGUGUGGCUCAUUACAUCAUCGCCUCUCUUGCUAUGUACAGGGUGUCUGCUUCUAUGAAAGCAGAAAUUGAAAGGAGUUCUGACGAUGCGGCUGAGAGAACGAUAUAUGAAGUACACUACCCUGAACUUGUGGCUACCUUCACUGGCAACUUACUGGCCGACACUAUCCUGUACCCAUUUGAAACCGUACUGCACAGAUUGUUCUUGCAGGGGACUCGGACGAUCAUCGACAAUACCGACACGGGACUCGAGGUGGUUCCUAUUAUGACCAGGUAUGAAGGGGUGUUCGACUGUUACACGACGAUUCUUGAAGAAGAAGGAAUGUCGGGAUUGUACAAAGGAUUUGGAGCUCUCAUCCUCCAGUACGGACUGCAUAUUGCCAUUUUAAAGUUAACUAGGUUCAUUUUUGAGUUGCUGUCCAGUGGUAACAAUGAUGCAUCAAAUAAGGUCAGGCAUGCACCUUCCACUUCGUUUGGCUCCCAGCAGUUCUCCAAUGUUCCUUAUGACCCUUCCUUGCAAUACCGUGGCAGAGAUUCCAGAUUUGGAAAGUCAGAUGGAAAUAUGUUUUGAAUUGUGUCUGCUCACACAGCUUUUGUUUUUAAUUGUUUAUGAAUUUUUCUUUCAGUUCUUUCAUUUUUUAAAAAUAUCUUUUUUUUAAAUUAGAAGCAAUCUUCUCCAUGUUGUUAAAUUAUUUUCAUUCAAGAAUGACAAACAAACGUUAAUGUAUUUGUAAAGAAAGUUUUUGAGAAAUUCAAUUCCUUUUGUUGUCAAUAUAACAGUUUUGUUGAAGCGUCGUUGGACACAACUUGUUCACUAUUUGUGUAUGAAUAAAGUCAGUAUUUGCUAUUAGUAUCGUACAAUUUAUAGUACGGUCAAUGAAAUUUAGAAAAUUUUAGCGUAAUAAUUGAAAUAAAGC